UCUUUUUUUCAUCCCUCGCCAUUCUUACACUGUUUUCUUAGUGGGAAAAAGCCGACGAGACAUGGUAAGCCCAGUAUUGUUCACUGCACCAACCCAAGCCAAAUAUCACUGUGCGCUGAUCAAGCCGAACCAACCACUCAUCAAUGGUGUUCUUAGCCAUUCCUUCCCUCUCUCCUUCUCACAAAAGCCUCUUCCUCCUCGCCCCCCCUCUUUCAAGCUUUCCAGUUCUUCUUCUGAUUCUAAUUCUCCGUCUUCGGUUUCCUCUCACGACACUGACCAAUUAGCCUACGACUUCUCCCCCGUUUUCAAAGUCUACAAAGACGGCCGCGUAGAGAGACUCGCCGGCCUGGAAACCGUUCCUCCCGGCGUCGACUCCGUAACCGGUGUCGAAUCCAAAGACGUCGUGAUUUCACCAGGCGAAGCCAUAUCCGCCAGGAUUUUCCUUCCCAAAAUCACGAACCAGGGUCAGAAAUUACCUGUUCUCGUUUACUUCCACGGCGGCAACUUCUGCAUCGAAACCGCUUUUUCCCCAGCUUACCACAACUUCCUCAACUCCGUUACUUCUCGGGCGAACGUCAUAGGCAUCUCUGUCAAUUUCCGCAAUGCGCCGGAGCACCCGGUUCCAACGGGUCAUGAAGAUUCAUGGACUGCCGUCAAAUGGGUCGCUUCCCAUUUAGGCGGCAGCGGCCCCGACGAGCGGCUGAAUCGUCACGCCGAUUUGGGUAAGGUUGUCUUCGCCGGGGAUAGUGCGGGCGCUAAUAUAGCACACCACAUGGCGAUUAGGGUCGGGUUAGAAAAACCACCGGGCCUAAAGCUGGAAGCUUUAGCCUUGGUGCAGCCCUUUUUCUGGGGCGAAGAACGAACAGAGUCGGAACGGAAUCAAGCUGCAUACUCGGCGAAGCUGGAUCGUCUAUGGAAGUUUCUGUGUCCGAGUGCGUCUGGGGGCGACGAUCCGUUGGUUAACCCGGAGAAGGAUCCGAACGUGGGAAGGCUAGAUUGUCAGAGAGUGCUCAUUUGUGCUGCAGAGGAAGAUUUGUUGAGGGAUAGAGCCCUGAAUUACAGAGAAUUGCUGGGGAAGAAUGGAUUUUCGGGGGAUGUAGAAGUGUUUGAGACGAAAGGGGAAAACCACGCGUUCCACAUAUUCAAGCCAACUUGUGAGAAUGCUAUGGCUUUACUGAGCAUUAUUGCUUCCUUCAUCAAACAGGAAAAGCAUUCAAUCGAGAAGGAGGAACGUGAUACCAUCCUAUUAGUCGGGAGAUAGUGACUCCUCCUAGAAAUUAUGGGACCUCGGCCUUACCAAAUUAGCUUGGAAGUUGGCGACUAGUAUUAAAGGUUCAUGGGCAGAUGUUCUCUUUGAUAAGUACUACCAAAAC